CCGGCCCUGCCGUGGCUGCGGCAGCAGGGUCCUCGCCAUGUCGUGGUACCGGAACGCGGUGUGGUUCGUGAAGGGGCUGCGGGAGUACACCAGGGGUGGCUACGAGUCCGCUUCCAGGCGCUUCCGUCCCGGCGACGUGGAGGUGAGCGUGGCUGGAAGAUCCUUUCUGGUCACCGGUGCCAACAGUGGCAUCGGCAAGGCCGCGGCCAAGGAGAUAGCGAGGAGAGGUGGCACGGUUCAUCUGGUUUGCCGAAAUAAGGAACGAGCUGAGGUCGCCAAAGGAGAAAUAGUGUCAGAAACGGGCAAUCAGAAUAUCUUCUUGCAUAUUGUGGAUAUAUCUAAUCCCAAGGAAGUCUGGAAGUUUGCUGAGAAAUUCAAAACUGAACAUAAAUUAAAUGUGUUGAUCAACAAUGCAGGAUGUAUGGUGAAUAGCAGAGAAUUAACUGAAGAUGGACUUGAAAAAAACUUUGCAACAAACACCUUGGGUACAUACAUUCUGACAACUGCCCUGCUGCCCCUCCUGGAAAAAGAAGCUGAUCCCAGAGUGAUAACUGUCUCUUCUGGGGGCAUGCUAGUUCAAAAAUUAAACAUAUCUGACUUGCAGUCAGGAAAUGGGACAUUUGAUGGAACUAUGGUGUAUGCACAAAACAAGAGACAGCAAGUUGUCUUGACAGAACAAUGGGCAAAAGCUCACAGAAACAUCCAUUUCUCUGUUAUGCACCCUGGCUGGGCAGACACUCCAGCUGUGAGAUCAGCAAUGCCAGAUUUUUAUCAGAAGAUGAAGAAUUCCCUGCGCACUGAGGCCCAGGGAGCUGAUACUGUUAUAUGGUUGGCGGUAUCACCUGAAGCAACAAAGUUACCAAGCGGCUUGUUCUUCCAAGACAGGCAACCAGUUGCUACACACUUACCCCUGGCAAGCACCUACAGUCCACCAGAGGAUGAGGAGAAGCUAAUGGAGAUGCUGGAAGAGUUCUCCCAGAAGUUUAAAUCCACUUCUCCAGGAACUUAGUGUCACUGCUGACACAGUGUAACCACAAUGCUUGUAAUUGCACAGAAGCAGUACUGUAGUGUGCCUGCUGCUGAGGGGAGGUAGGAUGCCCUAGGUCUGUCCAAAAUAAAUUGUCUUCAGGUGUUCUCAUCAUGGGGGAGAAUGCUGCCUGCAACUUUUUUUCGGCUGCUGAGAGUCUCUCCCAUUGUGAAUAUGAACCUGCUGUCUCAAGACACGGUAAGGCUGUGUUCUUUGAAUUAGAAGAAAAAUUGGAAAUGAAAAUAAAAGCCAAGGCUUUGUGAAGUUACCAAAAAUCUUUCAAAACAGUCUGCAUAGAGAAAUGCAGAGGAGUAGACCUAAAGUAGCUCUUAUGAAGUGCUUCAGGAAAGAAGUGUAAAUGCUUUAAAAAGUGUUUAAACACCACUGUGCUUGACAGGUUGGUGGCUUCCUUCAUUGCGUGAGGGUGACUGGGCUCAAACCUCUGACUGGGAAUGCAGAAACUCUCUCUUGCAUUGCCUGCUUAGUUGAAAUGGAAGGAUUCCUCACGGCCUGCUGUGUCUAUAAAUCAGUGCUGGGGUGCAGAAGUGAUCUGCUUCCUCGUGUUUAAACAGCAGGGAUUUAGGAACACUGCCAAAUGCCUUCCACAUUACUUUAUGGAGCCAGGGCUGAAUAUUAAUCCUGUUUAUGUCAAGAUACUAUGAAGUAGGAGGUUUCAACACCUACCACACCCAGCCAUGGCUGGAUCCAGUGUCGAAAUGGCUGCAUGACUCUAGGCAUGAAAAAAACACACCAAGCUCUAGGUGUUUGCCAUUGUUGUGGUGGAUUAAAGGGAAUUGCAUUAUCAUUAUGAGUGAAUUAAGAGGGGGAAGGGAACACUGGGGUGAAGAGGUUUUUGAGAAGUCCGCCUCCUGAUGAGCGGGUUGUAUUUUGUUUGGAAAUGUGUUAAUUUCCAGACACAGAAGAUGGGAUUUCUCAUACCUGACCUGUAGACGUUUGAAUUGCUCAUUGUGAUUCUCAGUGUAAAUCAGGAGAGAAAAACCAGGCUUUUUCACAGUAAUUUACUGGAUCUAGUUUCAGACACAACCCCUACAUUUCUCCAUCUUUCUACCAAUGGUGAAGACAGACAGCUCAGAAGGAGACAUUCAGGUGUGAUUAAUUUACUUAUACAUAUCUCAGGUUUACUGCAAAGCCAGGGCUAUUGAUAACAAUAAUAGUACCACAUUUUCUCUUGAGCUGAGUGUGUUUGAUAGCAAAAUGCAUAGAGUCACACUGCUGUUUUACACACAGCUGUAGACCUCUGUGGUAGGACAAGAGACCUAGAGACAAAUAUGACACAGGUGUUCCUGAGCUCUCUGCAGCAACUGGCAGUUAAAAGUUGUGCUGAUGGGCAGAGGAAAACUUAACUCAGUCUGCUGUACAUAAUUUAGUUUCCUGAAAGAUAUCCUACUGGCUGAUGCCAUUUACUCAUUAUUCAGAGACAUCCUAUUGAGUAUCAAUUUAGGAGAAUCCUCUUUUGGGUCUAUUGUCAAGGCUCUUGGGAAAUAAAGGCUUUACUGUCAGAGAGGCCCUGAAAUACAUUUUCCCAUGAUAAGCUUCAGGCUGUCACAGCUCUUCCUGAAGAGGCUGAAUCAGCAUUCCAACUGUUGCUUCAUUUUAGAAACUUAACUCCUUCUCACACUACAGUGAAAGAAAACAACAGCAAGGCUUCUAUGUGCAUUUAUUUCCUAGAAGUCUGGCAUUAACAUUUGACAUGGUUAAAACUGUUAAACACAGUUACUAAAAAUAAGAGCAUGGCUGGAAACAUAUAUAGUAACUACACGUCUCAAUCCAGUAGCUGCAAGGCUAAUAAAAACAUUUGCAUACUUGAGUAUUUAGGUCAGGUUUCUUCUCAGCUCUGAAGUACAGAAGAAAAGUUUAAUGACAGGUAUUUAAAUAGUUCAUAAAAAUAAGAAAAAUGUGCAAUAGAUGUAACAUUUUUAGUCCACGUUCUGUACUGAUGUAUUUGAAUAGCCUCCAUUUUUCUUUUCAAGUCACAGUUUAGAAGUGAAGCCAAAGGUAUGAAAGCAGGUUUUAAAAGUUUGGUCACAGUGUAAUAGAGCCAGAUACUAUGUUUUAAGAGCACCUGUGACUGAUUCAAAAAGAAUUAAAACAUGAGGCAGUGAUUAGAAACAAAAUCCAGUGUCUCCCACACUUUGAUAUUAUGGUCUUGAUGAUGCUUGAUUCCAGCCCUUUUCCACAAGAACAAACACAGUGUGUGGCUGUAAAGCCUGUGAGAUCCUUCAUGUUAGAUACAAUCCAGAAUGACUUGUACCUGCAUGUCGGAAAGUACACUUAGUGCCACCUAAACAAUUUUAGAGACAAGACAAAACCAGCAUCCAGUUACAAAUGGCUAGGAAUAGAAGGUGGUGCCAGUUCUUGCCAAGCAGUGUGUGCUGAGGACUUUGGUACACACCUGUUUUAUAAGAACUAAACAAGCACAGCCCAACACUUCUUGUCUCAGCUUUCAGGCUUUUAUGACUCUGACCUCAGUUGUUUUUCACCUUCUGAAGGCGUUUGCAUUUUUCUUCUUUCUGUGAAGUCAGCUAGUCAGAAGGUUUUUGCUCUUAGGGGUUUUGCACGAAGAGGAGCACAGUGCCACAACCACCUAUUGAGUCUUUUCCCCUUGUCCUGAUGGAAAGGCAUGGCCCAUCAACAGGGCAGCAGGACUGACUGCAGUGAUGCAGGGGCCACUGAAAUGUUUCUCUGACUCAGGUGAAUAUUUUAGGAGGUCAAUGUAACAGAUAAUCAGAUGAUUUGGUAAACCCCCUUUCCUCUUUUCCUAAGUUUAAUUUCUGGGCCAUGUUUUUUCUUUGUAAAAAUAAAUAAAUAAAAAUAAACCAACCUGUGGUUGAUUAAAGCUAUUAACAA